ACCUGUAAGAACCAGAACUGUAAGAACCAGACCUGUAAAGACCAGAACUGUAAGAACCAGACCUGUAAAGACCAGAACUGUAAGAACCAGACCUGUAAAAACCAGAACUGUAAGAACCAGACCAGUAAGAAGCAGAACUGUAAGAACCAGACCUGUAAGAACCAGACCUGUAAGGACCAGACCUGUAAGAACCAGACCUGUAAGAACCAGACCUGUAAGAACCAGAACUGUAAGAACCAGACCUGUAAGGACCAGACCUGUAAGAACCAGAACUGUAAGAACCAGACCUGUAAGGACCAGACCUGUAAGAACCAGACCUGUAAGAACCAGACCUGUAAGAACCAGACCUGUAAGAACCAGAACUGUAGGGACCAGACCUGUAAGGACCAGACCUGUAAGAACCAGAUCUGUAAGAACCAGAACUGUAAGGAUCAGACCUGUAAGGACCAGACCUGUAAGAACCAGACCUGUAAAGACCAGAACU